AUGUCUUCGUCCCAGGCCGUCGCGGCGUCGCUCAUGGGGCCUCCGCCUCCCGACGCCGUGCCAGAGAGGUCUCGCUUUGACCGGCUCGACGACCGUCACCAGCAUCACCAUCACGAGCAAUCUCAGCGACCAAAGACGCCUACGACCGCAGCGGCCGCUGGACAGGACGGCGAGGGCGCUGCGACGCUGCCACCGGCGGCGACAAAUGACUGCAAACUCUCGUCUGACGAUGGCUCCGACCGGCAGCAUCCACCCCAGUCAGACAACGAGAAGCAGGCCGCCGCAACGACGCUGCUAGCACAGCUUCUGUCCAGCCAGACGGCCGCUGCUACAGCUGUCACUCCUUCGCAGAAUACGGACGCAACGGCUACUGCUGCUGCUGCCACUACUACCGCCGCUUCUACUUCUAUAGAAAAUAAUAGUAAUAACUCACUGCCCGAUCCUCCCGUCUCCGCGGCCAACGGUGACAGUAGCGCCUGGCCGAACUCAAGCGAACAAGGGAACUACCACCAGCAGACGACUGUCGCGACGGAUGCGGGCGCGGAGAACGAUUUCCACGGUCUGCCUAAGAUGGGAGACCUGUCUGCGUCGGAUGCGCUGCCGGCCUUGGACAUGCAGACCGACACGUCUAUGCUGGGAGCGCUGGAAAACGUCGACUUCAAGACCUCAGACCUCAACGCUCACAGCUUCUCGGAUUUCACUGCGCUGGCGACCACGCCCGUCAACCCCAGAGAUGCAAUUGACCACAACGGCCUGCUUGCCAGCGGCGCCGCAUACUAUGGUGACUCGCCGACCAUGAACGGAGGCGGACCAACGCCUCGCAUUGUAGGGUACCCGGAUUUCUCUAAUUCAACGGACGUCAAGGGCCGCGAGGGCUCGGAAUCCGUCGCUGGAUCGGAACCAAGGAUUCAGGCGUUUGCGAAGCUUGAGUUUGAUGACGGCCAUUUCUACGUCAAUACAUACUCUUUCAUCUUGGGCCGUGAUGUCCGCGCUGCUCGCGCUGCUUUUCAGAGGGAGUACCAGGCUAAACAGAACAACAGGGCUCAUAGUUCCACUGGACACAAGACACGCACGCCCAGCCGAGUCAAGCGAGAAGGCAGUGCGUACAUGGGAAGUGUUAUCAGUGACAAGGGCGGAAUCAUGGGCUUCGAUCCAGAUAUUCCCCAGAACGGUCCGCCUCAGAUGAGCUGGAAGUCAUCCAAUUCUUCAGCAGACCAGGCUGCCCGGCCGCUACUGCAUAUAUCCCAUGGAGAAUCACAGGCAAACUCUGAACCGCGGGAGAUGACAGAUUACAACGCUUUAGCUAUGCAGUCGCUACAGAGAGGACAUCACGAACCCAAGAGAGUCGAUACUCUGUCUUUACUUCCUUCACCAGAGGCAUGUCCGACCAUCCCCAUCCAUCCGCCAGUGCCUGCCCACGGUGGUUCUUCACAUAGAGCAAUUUCAAGAAAACACGUCAAAAUAGCAUACAACUUCCAUAAAAAUGUCUUCGAGAUGGAAGUCAUUGGUCGAAAUGGUGCUUUUAUGGGCGCCGAUUGGCUGGCCCCUGGUCAAGUCCGGCCUCUUCACAGCGGAGAUUUCAUUCAGAUAGGAGGUGUCAGAGUUCGAUUCCUGCUACCAGAUGUCCCGAUUGGAGACACCGGUGCAGAUGUUACGCCUUCCUCACCUCCAGAGAUGGAGAAAGAGUCGGAGCGAAGCGAAGCUGACGAAUCGGUCAAGGCAAAGGGGAAGAGCCAGCCGCGUCCCGAUUCAAAAGCGACCGCAACAGAACCUGCUACUUCUCCUCCGCCAGCUACUACAACGGCUGGCAAGAAGCCUGCCCAAAGCUGCCAAAGAACCUGCUUCUUCUGUUUCUGCUGCUGCCCCCAUCUGCUGGUCCUUCUGCAGCUAGCCCCUGAAGACCCGUCUACGGCUACUGUCAAAGUAGAGAAACGGAAAUAUACCAAGAGGAAGAAGCCCGAUUCGACUCCCGGCGAAACUGUAAUGCAGUCUAUCGAAGGGGGAGCUGCAGGACUAGGAGCCAACAUGGAAAUACAACAGCACACCGAACCCGUCCGUCCCCCGGCACCGAAGAAACGAAAACCCUCCAGGUCUCCCUCUCCCGAUUAUCCGCCAGAGAGCUUCUAUACACCCAAGGAGCUCGCCAAACCGCCAUACAACUAUGCGGUUCUCAUCUUCGACGCAUUAUCAGAAUCUCCUACACCCAUGACGCUAAAACAGAUAUACCGUGCUCUCAAGCUCAAAUACCCCUAUUUCCGCUUCAAAUGUGAAACCGAGGGCUGGACGUCAAGUGUACGACAUAAUCUCAACGGUAACACACAUUUGUUCAUGCAUGCGGAACGAGAUGGCAAAGGAUGGUCAUGGAAACUAUUACCCGGUGCUUCAGUGGACAAGGAGAAGAAACGUCGUCCGUCACCUCCGCCGGUCCAAGACGUAUCCAGCAACAGCCAACAACGCUUCUUACCACCAAACACAGGCCCUGGCGCCCCUUACAUUGCUUCCCCAGGCCAAUUCAACAACCGUCGUCAAUAUCCUCCGUACCAACAGCCACCGGCUAACACCCAGUUUCCACCGCAGCAACAGCAGCAACAGCAGCCCCAACAACAGCAGCAGCAGCAGGCUCCACUACAAGCACCCUCUGCUGCACAGCCGUCACAACCUGUGGCAGCAGCUAAACCUCCACCGCUUCCGCCUCCGCCUCCACCUCCAGCAGCUGUAGCAGCUUCCCCAGCUCAUCCUCCCGCCCUUGCUCUACCACCACAAUUACUCAAAAGCCUUCCCCCUGCCCUCUCUGUCGUGAAUCUUACUCCAUAUCGCUCUCCUUACAUCCUUGCUUCUCCGUCAUUUGCUCAGCCACAGCAACGACCGUCUCAUCAGCAACCUAUACAACCGCAUCCACCACCUCCAACUCAUCCUCCUGUCCAUCAUCAACAGCAGCAACCUAGACCGCCGCCACCGCAGAUGCAACAACCGCAUCACCCUCAACCCGCUCCGCAACAACAACAACCUCCUCCAAACCAGUAUAGAUUCCAUAAUCAGAUACUACCCCCUAACCAUGGCCAACCUCAUCGUCCUCCGCAACAAUCCCAUCCCCCACCACCACAACAUACCCAGGCACCGCCGCCUCCGCCACUACAUAAUAUUCCCGUUACUUCAGCACCCGCAACCCAGCCCAGUCAUCCACCAUCUUCAACGGCCCCAGCUCCUGCCCAGCAAAAUAUCUCCGUUCCGGCUCCAGUCCCCACUCCCGUUCAGCCCCCAAUGCAGAAACCAGGAGGCAUGGACCCUGCUUUCCUAGCUCGUGCCAACCAAGCAAUCGACAACUUCGAAGCGGUCCUUAUAGAAGACUACGAGGAUAAAGAUUACAUUCGCAAAGUCCUACGCAGUGCACGCGAUAGAGUUCUACACAAUGCAAAGGAGAGUUCGUUUCCAGGCGGUGAAACGAAGGAUGAAACAGUCAUUAUUGAUGCUCUGAGAGGGAUAAUCGGCAGUCUCAACGGGCAAGAUCAUUAA